UUUUCAUAGGCCAAUGAGGCCAUGACGGGUGAUAUUCUAUUUGUUACGUGGACAUAUCUUGUUGGUUGUAAUAGCAAUUUUUAAUUUCUUUUUUCUUUAAAUAAAACGCUUCUUCGCUGAAACGUGUCCGAUAUUAUGCUAAUGUGGCAAAUACAUGGAAAUUCAAGUGGCCAUGGGGCAUCGUAAUAGCCGUUAGAAAUGGUUUUAACAACUUUUUAAAAUUGAACCGAUCCUUGAAUAACGCCCUUUUGCUGCCCCUUGAUGUAACAAAAAGAAAAGCAAAAGAAUUAAGGACCCACAUGAUACCUAUAAUUAACUAAGAAAUUAAUUAAUUAUAUCAAUCUACAUAAUUGUAAUUAAUUAUCCAGGUCAAAUUGCCAUCUUACUAGAUUUAGAUCAGACACAAACAAUUAUACUUGCAUAUUUGCCAAGUUCUAAUUGUCAUCAUCAUCAUCAUCAUCAUUUCUUGUUACAGAUUUCAGAUUCACUUGCAGGAAAAGUUGAGCAUUGGUUCCAUUUCAAUUUCAAAUCUUGAAUUCUGCCUGUGCAGAAAAAGUAGAAACACAACCGUUAAAAGAUUUCUCCUUUUUUGUUUUUCCUUUUUACAUAGAAACAGAAUAUGGAAAUCAUUUGCUUGCCUUUCUUUCUUGCUGCUUCUGCCCAUUAAUGGGCUUUCAGUUGCUCUAUAUACUUCAAAUUUGGUUAUUUGUUUGAUUUUCCAGUGUUACAUCUGGGUGUAUUGAAGAGGCUUCAGCCUAUUCUUCUCAUAUUAGCUUUUCUCCCUAUUGGGUUGUGCUUUGAGGGUUAAUUUCUGUGCUGCACUCUGCCAGGGAACUGUAGCUGUGUUGUGCAUAGGAAGAAGUGUAGGUCGAUGGUGCCUGAAACUGAUAUUACAGCGCUAGAAGAAGCGCUUUAUGCUCAACAAAAGCUUCUACAAAAGCUUAAUACAGAGUUGGAUGUUGAAAGAGAGGCUGCAGCCACUGCAGCUAGUGAAGCAUUAUCCAUGAUUUUGCGUUUACAAGGAGAAAAGGCUUCACUGAAGAUGGAAGCAAGUCAAUAUAAGAGGAUGGCAGAAGAAAAGAUGUGUCAUGCUGAGGAGGCUCUGGCAAUUUUUGAAGAUUUAAUAUAUCAGAGAGAAAUGGAGAUUGCAUCUCUUGAGUUUCAAGUACAGGCUUAUAGGUACAGACUCCUAAGCAUGGGUUGUAAUGACUUGGGCGUCUAUGAAAUUAAAUUUCCAGAGAAUUUAUUAAUUCAGAGAAAUGAUAAUUUGUUAGGGGACAAGUGUGUCAGUAGCAAUGUGAGGAGACUCAACUCUCAGCCUCAAGCUAUGAUCAAAGAUCCCAAUCAUAAGAAAAGUGCUAUUGAAAGAAAAAGAUCUGUGACUCCUGUUCCAGAUUCAAUUGCAAGCCCUGUGGAAGAAAAUAUGAAUCAAGAAAUUGAUGAUUCAGGGAAGAAUCUAGGGAGUACUGCAACUGUGGACCUUAAUUCAUAUUGGGAGCAGAUCAAAAAGUUGGAUGAGCGAGUGAAAGAGAUUUCAGAGAGCAAAGAUUCUGUGAGAAACAAAUCAACGAUCUGGAAAGGCGGUACCUGGUCUCCAUCUUUAUUUUCACAAGUGAGCAUUGGCACUUCUAUUGAUCCUGUGACAGAAGUAAAUAUUAAUGUCUCAGAUCAAGAAAAUUCACAGGCAAAGGAGGCUACUGAUGAUCCUGCUUGCUCUUCAAGUGUUCAGGAUGUUUUCGAAGUCCCACAGACUACUCAGAGUCAAAAACCCUGUGAGCCCUGGAAGAAAGAAUAUUGUUCAUUGACUUUGGAUGUUGGAAACAGGCAUGGAAAGCCAGAUUCAGUCACUGAGGACACUCUUGAGUCACCUAAUAAACAUGAAACAGACAGGGUAAAGGCAAUAUUACUUUCUACAAACCAUGAGAGGAAAUUAACAAAACCAAGAAAUGCAUCAAGUCUUUCGCGCUGUGUUUCGCCUGUUUUCCAAGCAGUUAAUCUAUGUAAUUCUUCAGCUGAUUAUCAACAGCUGAGUUGGAGAAUUGAUAGACUUGAGAGAGCCAGGAAUAAUGCAAGGCAAGAAAUUAUCGCUGCAGGAGAAGAGGAGUUGAAUAUAUUGAAGGAGAUUCGUGACCAACUCAAAUCCAUAGAGUUUGAGAUGAAAAGCUGUAAAGCUAAGAAAUCCCUUUUUCCAAAUGAACCAUCUCUAGAUCCUCUCCAAGAGGCCAUGUUGUACUUUUGGAUGUAAACAAUUAUAUAAUCUCAGACAGCUGCGGUUAAUCGUCUGCAAACUUUGGAUAUGUCCAUGAACAGAACUGUGUAAGAGUAUCAUUUAACUUUGGAAUUGUGUAAAUUGAUAGUACGUACAUGGAUUAGAUUUUAUUUUCCCUAUGAAAUGGUAUAUUGUUACAGAAAUUUCAUUUUCUACAUUAGUUGGUAGAAUGAACAAGUGAGUUUUAUUUGGAUUGCUUCAGGAAAGCUUGCAUAUAUGUUUUUACUCAUCAAAUAUGGAUUGCCUGGGCCUUUAGGCUAGGCUUGAAAGAAGCUCAUAGCUUGCUCAAUAAUUGAAUGAUUUGAUUUUUCUUUA